AACCAUUCCCUCUCUCACAUUACAUGGUGAUCAGACACAGGGCCACCGAUCAAGGGCCCUGUUUCUGUCUCAACCACCUCCCACUCACACCAAAAUGGCCACCCCACGAAGUACCCCCAGUAUGAACGUCCCCGCGACCCAAAACACCGCACCGGUGAUCCGCUUCCGCUGUCUCUACACCUAUGACAUGCGACGCAAAGCCAAGCGCUGGCAAGAUGGCUUCCUCCGAUACCACACCUUCAACAAACGCAUCAUGGUAUACGAUGUCGCCGGUAACUACGUGGGCGAUCACCACUGCCGACAGGAUGAGGGCAUCCAAGACGGUGACGAAUUGGAGCUGGACAACGGCGCCCUGAUUGAAGUUUGCGAACCGGUGGAGAGAACGGAGACCGACCUGUCGGGCUUGCAUAGUAACAAAAGAAAAGGUCAAGGCUCGCCGUCUCAACGACCCGGAGGAACGCCAACCCCUACAACAGUCGUCUACAAUUCCUCUACGCCCGCACGUCCUUCUUUGCCCUCCCAGCAGAAACCGACCCGCUCCCUGAAUGAUCUUCUGGGUAUCAAGAAGACUCCGACUCCGACACAGCGCGCAGGUUCGCCUCAGACGGGUCCUAGACAAACCCAUACAUUGCCGGUGAAUGGGAAGGAGAACGAGCAGUUGGAUUACCCUGCGAAACGAAAAAAGACAGAGAGCGCGUCCGAGAAGGUCGCCCGUCGGCGUGAACCAGCAAACAUCGACUUGACGGGAACAGAACCAGAACCGGAGACAUCCAGAAGACAGACAGAAACAACAUCAGUCGUACACUCGAGAACAACCGACCAAAACAAACACACUACACCCUCUUCCGUCCCCCACAUCAGACCCUCGGAACGGUCCAACAAUAUACCCCAGCGAAAGCAAACCGCUCCCAAUCCUCCCAGACCACGAGAACAACCCCAACCCCAACCUCCAACACCAGAACCAGAACCAGAACCACCAAGAAACAACGACCCCCAAGCCAACUUUCUCCGUCUCCCCAGCAAAACCAAACCCUCUCGCAAGAAACUCAUGUACCAUACCAUCCUAGCUCAGCAGCAGCAACAACCACACCAACAACAACAGCCACAACCACAACCACAACCACAAUUAGAAAACGACAAUGACAACGACCCCAUAGUAUUAUCAGAUGACGACGAUAAUGAUAACCCACCACCUUCGUCCCCUCCGCGCCCGCAACACAACCCUACCACCACCACCAUCCCUAGAACAACUACACCAAAACCACUCCCACCCCUGCAAACCGGAAUAGAGCGCAGAACCUCCUCUCUCCAAAAAGCACACUCUGACCCUACAGCCUUUACUCGCUUCAACGUGACCACCAACAAUAACAAUACCCGUACUCCCCUACAACAACAUCGUCCCACUCAUCGCCGUCGAGCAUCAGAGAGCGGUAACAGCCCUCUAGAUACAACUGACAACAACAAUGCCAACGAAGAAGAACCAGAGACCGAUGGUGGCCCAUGGACAUGGGAAGCUCAGUAUCUGUUCGACUAUUGGCCGGCUGGACGGGCGAAGCCGACUAGGACUUGUUAGUCAUGACACUUUCCAGUUUUUAUACUGGUGAUUGAUAGAUAUGUUAUGACCUUAAUUUAUAUAUGAUACCCUUAGAUAGUUAGUUG